UUCAUACAGACUCUCCUAACAAUCUAUUUCUAUAAGACGUAUGCUACUCAUGGUUAGAGUUUCAACGUUAGAAGAAUAUUGUAGCAGUUUAUAUCUCGUUCCUACUACUUACAGCAUCAAUUAUUAAUCAGAUGAUAAAUCGAAAACAAACGAAAUAAAAAAGAAUACGUACAAAAUGAUGACAUCAAUAUUGAAAAUACUUCGAUUGAAGAGGCAAAACGAAUAAAACCGUAUAUUUAAGUAUCUACUCUAUAAUAUCGUUAUAAAGAAUUCCCUGCCGCAAAACUUUGUUAAGACAUAUACGAGGAAGAGUUUUACUCGCGGACACGCACCCAAUUUCACAUGAGGGGAGAAGAUGAAAGAGCUAUCUACUACAUUCGAUUACUACAUACUACCGAAUAAGAUCUUCUGCAGCAUAGUUGGAAUAUGGCCUAUCGGAGAAAGAAGUUCGACAUGUAGUAAAAUAUUUGCGUAUUUCCGCUUAAUAGUAUCAUUAAUUGCAAUCAGUAAUUUCUUCGUGCCCGAGAUUAUGGCCGUAGCGUUCUAUUGGGGCGAUGUGGAAACCGUAAUAGGGAUAGGAAGCAAUUUAAUGUCAGCCACGCAGUUAUUCUUUAAAAUGAUCUAUUUAGUAGCGAGAAGAGAAAGAAUAUACAGACUUUACAACGAGAUACGAAUUCUAUGGGAUUCUACCGAUGAUCCUAACGAAAGGAAAUCUUACGAACAAAUCGCUUAUCGGGCACGGAUUGUUACGAUCACUUUUUCUUCAUGCUUCCUAUGCAAUCUAACCACCUUCUCGAUUGCUACGAUUGCCGAUUAUUUUAGAUUUGCAUACAACGGCAACAACACUAACGACAAUCGACAUUUACCUUUUCUUGUCUGGUACGGCACAGACAUCUCGGCAUCUCCCAAAUUCGAAAUCGCUUUUGUUGGUCAAGUCAUGACAGCUAUGAUUGGACUUUCAGCAAUCACUGCCAUAGACUGCACGUUUAUGACUAUGAUCCUACACGUGUCUGGACAAUUUAUACUUAUCAAGACCUGGAUUAAUAAAAUUGGAUUUGAAAUGAAUCGUAAAUCUAUUGACAUGGACAAGUUUGAGGAGGACCUAUUUAAAUGCAUUCGUCAUCACCAACGAAUGAUACAGUAAACAUUU